CUAAGGUUACGUAUACAUUAUCUGUGGUUUGACAUUUCAUCACACUGACGUGUAGUGCUGGGAGCUCGCGUUUUGAAAAUAUUUUCCAUUGGUAACGUGGAAAAUUCAAGUCAUUUUGUGAAUUGAAUUUGAAAUACUGUUUUCACUAAAGACAUGAAAAAAGCGGGUCAGUUAUAUUCAUUCAUAACUGUGUGUGAAAAUUAAGGCCAUACGAGCUUUAAUCAUGUCCGUAACUAAAAGAAAAAAUGUGCCGGAAAAGGAAGAAUUGAUUGAAAACGGUACUGCACCUAUACACACUGGACAAAGUAACAUAAAAGGAGAUGAACUCAAUAUCGCCGUACUAUUAUUUCUGUACACCUUGCAAGGUAUUCCCCUGGGCCUCGCUGGAGCUGUGCCUAUGCUUUUACAAAAUCGGGGAAUCACAUACACACAACAGGCAGAAUUCAGCUUCGUAAAUUGGCCCUUCAGUGUCAAAUUAUUAUGGGCUCCAAUAGUUGAUGCACUAUUUUGGCCAAAGUUUGGCCGACGCAAGACUUGGUUGGUGCCCGUGCAGUACCUCAUUGGCAUCGUCAUGAUCAUCAUGUCAAGCAGCAUCACAGACUGGCUAGGGUCUGAUGAAAAAGCUCCUAACAUGAUACUUCUCAUUGUCACAUUUUUAUUUUUGAACUUUUUGGCGGCUACUCAAGAUAUUGCAGUUGAUGGUUGGGCUCUGACUAUGUUAAAAAGGUGUAAUGUAGGCCACGCCUCAACUUGUAACACAGUAGGCCAAACCGCUGGCUUCUUCCUCGGUUACGUCCUAUUCCUAGCCCUAGAAUCUCCAUACUUCUGCAACAAGUAUCUCAGAAUAGUCCCCGAAGACGUCGGCCUCGUCACUUUAGCCAGCUUCCUAUUUUUCUGGGGUUGGAUAUUCAUUGUCUCAACUACACUGAUAGCAAUCUUCAAACACGAGGCUAAAGAAACUGACCAUAAAGAGAAUGAGACUAAAGGAAUGGGCGACAUUGUGGAUGCCUACAAACAAUUGUAUACUAUUGUGAAAUUGCCGGCCGUUCGGACUUUAGCGUUAGUGCUAUUCACAGCCAAGCUUGGUUUUUCUGCCAGUGACGCGGUUUCCGGUCUCAAAUUAGUAGAGGCUGGUGUGCCGAGGGAAGACAUGGCGUUGUUGGCCGUACCAUUAGUCCCAGUUCAAAUUAUAUUACCAGUGUUACUAGCUCGCUACACGACAGGGCCCACGCCGCUCUCGCUAUGGCUGCACGCGUUCCCGUUCCGACUGAUGGUGGGCCCGCUGGCCGCUGGCUUAGUGGCCCUAACGCCCUCGCUGCUCGGGGACUCCGGGCCUUCUUACUCGUACCUUUUGGUACUGAUGGCUUUGUACAUCUUUCACCAGACCUGCUUGUACUGCAUGUUUGUAGCAGUGAUGGCUUUCUUCGCCAAGGUGUCAGACCCGGCCGUGGGCGGCACUUACAUGACGUUACUCAACACUGUCUCCAACCUGGGGACUAACUGGCCUAACACUUUAGCCCUGUGGGCUAUAGACCAUUUGACUUUCAAGAGCUGCUCACUCCCUGAGAUGAGCGACAAUACGUGCUCUUCGAAGCUUGAAAGUGAUUUGUGUAAAAACUCCGGAGGCACCUGUGUUACCCGAAUCGACGGUUUUUACAUAGAGACCGCCAUCUGCCUCGCCGUCGGCUACCUAUGGCUACAAUGGGGCCGGCCCACCAUCAACAGGCUGCAGCGCCGGCCCGCCUCGGCGUGGCAGGUCAGGUCGCUAAGAUAAGACUGUUUUAAU